AUGGAGUAUCCAGGGAUCACCAAUUCCCUCACCAUCACUCAGCGUUACACCGCCACCUUCACCUGUUCCUUCGAGCUUUACUCCUACCCCUUCGACGCCCAGACUUGCAGCAUUGACCUCACCUUACCCCCAGAUUUCGAAGGUUUCGUCGAAUUUUCUGAUGAUGACGGAAACAUCAACUACACAGGGAGGAGAGAACUGGCUCUUUUUGUUGUCGAAGAUAUGAAAUUCUCUGAGAAGUCUGGAGGAAACACACUUAUAGCUCAAUUUGUGUUGAAUCGUCGACAGGGUGUGAUACUCUUAGCAACUUUCUUACCCUCGGUUCUCCUCUUGUCUAUCAGCUGGGUGACACUUUUCGUCAAAAUCGAAGCAUUGAAUGUUCGAGCCAUCAUGUCUCUCACCACACUACUCGUCCUCUACACACUCUUCGCUAACCUCUCCAGUUCUCUCCCGAAAACGGCGGAGAUCAAGCUCAUCGAUAUAUGGUUCUUCUUCAUCAUUUUUGUACUCUUCUGUAACAUCAUGGUCCACAUCAUCGCUGACCGUAUUGGCUCUACAGAGAAUACGUCGCCUGUCACUAAAUUUAAUCCUAAACAACGUAAUGCCUGGGCACCCAAGCGGCCAUCAUCUGAGAGGAUUCUUGCUCUACAUAGAUAUUUCAUAGUACCUUCUGUAUUUAUCAUAUUUAGCGUUCUUUUCUGGUGGCAGGUCUUUAAGUAG